CAGCGUGCUCUACGGCAUUCGCCGACUCGCGCCAACUCGCGCUACACGCGGACGUGUUUCUCGUUUGACGGCUGCGCGCGAGUGCACGAAAGGCGCUUCGCUCAUCUUUGUCACCUCGACUUUUCUUUGCCGAGGAAAGUAUUUUUCUUCAAUUUCUUCGUCUUUCUCGCCGCGUGAGAAGAGUCGGUGAACAUCGCUCGCGCCUUUAUUAUCGCGAAAGAGCCAUAUCCGAGAUAUCCGAGUCGUCAAAACGGAUAGAAUGGCUCGUGGACAACAGAAGAUACAGUCUCAAGCAAAGGCAGCAGAAAAAAGUGCAAAACUAAAGAAACAGCAAGGACAUAGUGCCAACGAUCAAAAAAAGGCAGCACAAAAAGCGCUUGUGCACGUGUGUACUGUAUGCAAGGCCCAAAUGCCAGAUCCUAAAACUUACAAGCAACACUUUGAAAAUAAACAUCCCAAAAAUGAGCUGCCAGAUGAUUUGAAGAAUAUAUGAGAGUAUAAAGUGUUGUGGGGAUUGGGUGAGAGCGCAUGAAAAAUUUGCUGCAACUGACAAAGUGAUAUAGUUCAACAUUCAUCAUCUGAUCAUUGCAUAGUUUCAGAAAAUAAAUCUUGUUAGUGUUUUAAGUAAUCUAUCACACUCGACGGACUUGUUGUGCAUAACUCAGAAUGCUAAGCAAUCGAUGAUUUACUUUGUAGAAAAUCUUGAUUUGUAAAUGCUAACAUUUUUCACCUACGUCAUAUAAUCGAUACUUUUCAUAUAAGCGUUACAUCUGAAGAUUCUGUGUAUAUUUCUAAAUAAAAUUCAUAUAAAUUUAAUGGCAAAAUUUUGAAACAAAUUUUGACAUAAGAAGAAUGACAAGAGAAAUGCAGCACCAACAAUUUCUUAUUUUACAAAGAAAGAUAUAUAAACAUAAUAUAAAUGACUAAACAGAAUCUUAAAUCAUUAUUUAACAUUGUGUGUGUGUGUGUGUGAGAGAGAGAGAGAGAGAGAGAGAGAGAGAGAGAGAGGGGGGGGGGGGCAUUUUAUCCAUGUUUUUUAUUAUACCUUUAUUAUUUAAAAGUUCCCAUUUGAACAAAGGUAUUACAAGUAUUUCCACAUUAUAAAUUUCUCCGUUAUGAAAAGAAUAUUAUUUUUUAUCAUUGACUUUGUUGCAUUUUCUUUUAAUAGUUAUAAAUUUUAAGAGAUAAGGUUAUAAAAAACGGUUGUUUAAAUUACUAGAGUUUGAAUGAUAUAUACAUAACAAUCUUUGACUACGUGACUGCCAAUUUAUAGUUGAUUGUAUUGUAUGCUCUUUAAAAUAGGAAUAAUCACAGCAAAAAUAAAUAUAUUAAAUAUUUUCCUUUACAUUUAUAGAGAUAAACAUUUUUAUUUCUGUUUUUACAACAGAACUUGUCAUUUUUGCAUUAUACUAAGCUAUCCAUAAACACAUGCAUAAUUCCUCCUGUUGUUAUAGAAAAGAUUAACGAUAAUGCAUUUUUUAUGCUUGUAAAAUAUGUAGUACUUAAAGUACUGUAAAACUAAGAAUAAUUGAUUCACAUCUUCUAUUGUUAUGUAUUUAUGUAAUUUUAAGAAAUGUAAGAAUAUUCUGUUGUAUUCUUCAAUAAAGAAUCCAUUAUUCUUGGAAUGUGAUAUUAACAUAUUUCAAAAUGCGUUGCUACUUUCGCUCGUAUGAACACGACCCAACAUAUGUUUUAAUUAAAAAUUAUUGUAAUCCCAUUAUACGUUAUAUUGAGCAAGUAUUAUAAAACUAUGUUCGAUUUUGAUUAUGAUCAUCUUUCGUACUUUUAUUUGCGUUCACUAUAGAUCAAUGACUUGCAAGUCAUUGCUUGCGUCAUAGUCUUAUAUUUUCUUGUUAUUUCGUGGUGACGUUGUAACAUGAUCCAAUAAACUUUAUUCGUUACAG